AUGCAGCGGUUAUGGAAGCUCCUCCUGCCCCCGCUGCUUCUUGGGGGCAACAGCCUGGCACAGCAGUCGUGCCUCGAUGCGCUCAACAAUGAUCAGACCGAUGCCUGCGUCUGCUACUCCCUCGAGUAUGUCAUCAGCUAUGUGGCAUACAUCGCCGUGUCGACGUCGUACACGUCCAACUGCGAGGCCGUUCCCACAGCCGCGAUAUCGACGGGCACAUCGGCGGCGCCCCAGCUUCUGGGGAACUACACUUCUGGCAACUUUUCCGGGUACGUGACCCAAAACAAUGGUGUUUACACUGGAACAGGUAUCUUGGCCGGACCGACGACGGUAGACGUAAUCCCGCCGGUGGGAACCGAACGAGGGACUCUUGUGGUGGAGGUUCCGCCAUCGUACUUCACCGUCUCUCGGACCGGCACCGCGACGGUCAGCCCCGGCCCCAUCCCGACCUACGUCAACUCGACGAGCAUCCUCACCCGCAACCCCAUCGCGGCACCCCGAACCAUAUUCGUCGCAAACCCGACCCCCGGUGCGGCCGUCGCUUCCCGCGGUACGGUUGUCAUUGCUGUUCCCGACCCGAGACUGUACAACACGACGACGGUCCCUUACAGCGGGUUCGAUGUGUUGGAAGGGGCUCGGACGACCAUCUCGACCAUCCCCGACAGUGGGCUCCAGCCUGGUACUUUCGUGGUGGCCGAGGCUACAACCCCCGUACCGAGUCUGUCCUACGACGUUUCGACUGUCGCCUACACCGGAGCGGAUGAGUUGACGGGCCCGACUGUGAUCUCGGUGAUCCAGCCAACCGGGACUGAACCGGGCGUUGUUUUCAUCGCCGUUCCUUCGACUGGCGUUCCUCCACCUCAGGUGACAUCCGUAGUUCCCUACUCGGGCACUGAAUCCAUCACGGCAGCGUCGACUUUGUUGGACCGGCCUUUCGACGGAAUCGUCCCGGGGACUGUCGUGAUAGCGUUGCCGCCGGCUUCCUUCAUCACCCAGACCGUACCGUUCAUCGGCUUCGAACCCCUCACAGCCCCGACCAUCAUCUCGGUGGCCCCGCCCAGUGGUACUGCUUUGGGUACCGUCAUCUUGGGCAGCCCGACCGCAAGCUACGUGGCCUCGUACGUGCCGUACACAGGCACCGCCCCCAUUGCGAGCCCGGUAACCGUCACGGUGAUAGAGCCCAGUGGCACGGCUGCGGGAACCGUUGUCAUCGCAGAACCUCCACCGGCCCCCGGCAUAAACGCCGACGUAUUUGCAACGCAGGUCGUAUCGUACACGGGGACUGAGUCCAUCAGCGGCAUCUCUACACUCUCUAUUGUCCCGCCCGAUGGUCCCAACCCUGGAACAGUGUUUGUGGCCUUGCCGGCGGGCAGUACCCUAGCAGCCCCUGCGCCGUUUGUCACCUCGAUCGUCCCUUACACCGGGUCCAAUGCCAUCAACACGCCUUCGACUCUCACAGUGAUUCCUCCGAGUGGCAACCAGCCAGGGACGGUAAUUAUUGGUCUCCCACGCGUCACACAACCCCUGGGAACAUUCUCGGAUUCAUUCAUCACUUCGGCAGUCCCGGUCUCGUUUGUCACUUCGAUUAUUGCUGCCAAUGGCAACGGACCGCUUGUUACGCUGACAAGCAUCCCGCCGAUUGGCACCUCGCCAGGUACAAUCUUCAUCGGUCCGUCCCCAGCGUCCGGAGGGCUGCCGGCGUCGUUCGUCACCCAGGUCGUGCCCUACGUCGGUCCGACACCGGUGGCAGAGCCAACCACUGUCGCCAUCAUCCCUCCCAGCGGUUCCUCGCCCGGCACAAUCGUCAUCGCCGACCCUCGACCUUUUGUCCGCACGACUGUAGAUUACACCGGGGCAGAUCUUUUGUCCGAGCCGACGACCAUUUCCGUUGUGCCACCCGAGGGGGACACGCCUGGCACAGUAAUCGUGGCUGUACCGACUGCAACUCCUGCAGGCCCCUCGUUCGUCACGUCGAACGUGGUGUUCCUGGGCACACCUCCUAUCCAAGAGCCGACGACCAUCUCAACAAUCCAGCCUUCGGGAACCACUCCAGGGACCUUGAUCGUGGCCAGGCCUGCGGUGUUCGUCACUUCAACCGUCCCCUGGACCGGCACUGCCGCCCUCCCGACGCAGACCACAAUCGCAAUCAUACCGCCCGUUGGCACGGAUCCAGGGACGAUCUUCGUGGCAGACCCCACCGCAUUCGUGACCUCUACCGUCGAUUUCACCGGGACGGAUGCUUUCACCGGACCCUCGACUGUCACCGUCAUCCCUCCUAGCGCAGACCAACAGGGAACCAUCGUCGUGGCUGGCCGUCGACCGUUCGAGACAUCCUUUAUCAGGCUGACUGGAACUUCUCCAGCCGAGGGCCCUACGACCCUGACUCUGGUGCCACCUCAGGGCACAACGCCAGGAAGAGUUAUAAUCGGAGUACCCAACGACUUUGUCACCUCGACCGUCAGCUACUCGGGAACGGGUGUCUUGACGGCGCCCACAACCCUCUCUACAGUCGCUCCGGAUGGCGCAGCUCCAGGCACUCUCAUCGUAGCUUUGCCGCAACCUACCAUCCCUAAUCCUGCCCCUACAGUCCCUACAGCAGACCCAGCGGGUCCUCAGGCUCCAGCGGGCUCUCCUCCAGUGGCCCCGGUCCAGCCAGCCUUCGUCACCUCGACGGUGGUGUACAGUGGCAGCGCCCCGAUUACAGCACCGACUACGUUUUCCACAAUACAACCAAGCGGAAAUGCGCCAGGGACCUUUUUCGUUGGGAUUUCAGACCCCUUCGUCACGUCACAGGUGGUCUACUCCGGAACCAGCGCGAUCACGGCUCCCGUCCCCAUUUCCACGGUUCAGCCCUCCGGGUCAGUCCCCGGUACAAUCAUUUUCGCCGUGCCUCCCACAUAUGUCACUUCCGAGGUGGACUACACAGGCCCAGCUGGUCAACUCACGGCGCCCUCCCCCAUCACCACAAUCCCGCCCAGUGGAGGUGUCGCCGGGACGGUGAUCGUGGCACGCCCACCGGCCGAAUAUGUGACGUCGGAGGUGAUCUUGGCAGGGCCAUCCGACCCCCAAAUCACGACCCCGACCAUACUAUAUACGAUACCACCGAGUGGAGGCGCGGCCGGGACCGUGGUCGUCGCUCGGCCGCCCCAGUACGUGACAUCGGAGGUCUUCUUCACCGGACCGGAGGACCCACAAAUCACGGCGCCGAGCACCGUCUCCGUGGUGGCGCCGAGCGGGACCGCACCCGGGACGAUCAUCAUCGCCCAACCGCCCAACUACCAGACGUCCGAGCUGUUCCAGACGGGAAUCACCGGCCCGACCACCAUUUCGACCAUCAGGCCGGUCGGCACCGCAGCGGGCACUUUUAUCGUCGCCCUCCCCGCCCCCUUUGUCACUUCGGAAGUCAUCUUGCCCGGCGCCACGGGCCCGACCACCAUCUCGACGAUCCCGCCGAGCGGCACUGUGCCCGGCACGUUCAUCGUCGGCCAGUCGGCGGUCUUCAGCACUUCCGAAGUCGUCCUCGUCGGCUCUGCGGCAGCCACUGCUACGGGACCCGUGACCUUGACUUCGGUCGCGCCCAGCGGAACGAUCCCUGGCAUAGUCGUCAUCGGUUUCCCGCCCAGGUUCGUCACCUCGGAGAUCCAAUACACUGGUCCUACGGAGGGGGUCACGGGGCCGAUCCCGAUUUCGACCAUUGCCCCCUCUGGGAGCAUCCCCGGCACCGUAAUAGUCGCCCGACCGGACAUCUUCGUCACGUCGACAACGUCCGUCACGGGACCGGGUGCACCGACGACGCCCGUCAUCAUUUCCACCAUUCUGCCUUCGGGGACCUCUCCAGGAACAAUCGUAGUGGCUGUGCCUGCUCAGUCGAACCAGCCAGCACAGAACACCGAGCCGGCUCAAGCCCCCGCAUCGUUUGUUACUUCUCAGGUCGCGUACACCGGGACUGAACAGUUGACAGCCCCCACUACCAUCUCGAUAAUCCCGCCAUCCGGCACGGCUCCCGGGACAAUCAUCAUCGCUCAGCCGUCAACAGCCGCUACUCAACCUUCACCGAACCCCGCGACAUCGCCAUCCGGACCUUCCGAGACCCCUGGAGUCUCCCAGCCGCUCCCAGGUUCCUAUGUGACAUCCGUGGUCGCUUACACCGGCACGGAAGCUUUAACAGCUGCCACAACCCUCUCAAUCAUCCUUCCUUCGGGGACAGACCCUGGCACCAUAGUCAUAGCUCAACCACAAGCCGAAGCCACCCCUCCAUCAGUCGGCGGUCAGAUUCCGCCCGUCUCGGAUACUUCGCAAGGAGCCUCUACUGACAGCGAGUCCCCGGCCACGGUAAUCACUCCUCCGUCAGUCCCGCUUGUCGGGAUCCAACCAGGCACUACCGUUACCAUUUCCUUGCCGACACUACCAUCGCAACUCCAAUCCUUCGUCACCUCGACAGUCCUGUUCACCGGUACCGAGGCAUUGACGGGCCCAACAAUCAUCUCGACGAUCCCCCCGUCUGACACGGUCCCCGGCACGAUAAUCGUCGCCCAGCCCGGCGUCUUCGUCACUUCGAACGUGGCUUACACGGGUACCGAUCUCCUGACCGCCCCGACUCCUAUCUCGACCAUCCUUCCGGUAGGCGAUGCACCAGGCACGAUCAUUGUGGCCCAGCCUCGGCUGUUUGUCACUUCCGAGGUGGUCUACACUGGCACGGAACCACUGACUGCGCCGACUGCGCUUUCGACUAUUCUGCCCGCUGGCACCAACCCGGGGACGAUCAUUGUGGCUCGGCCGCCCACGUACCUUACUUCGACGGUCAUCUACACUGGGUUUUCUCCGAUUACUGAGCCCAUCCCAAUUUCGACAGUCUUGCCGAUCGGGACCGCGCCUGGGACAAUCAUCGUCGCCCAGCCAGGCCUCUUCGUCACUUCCACCGUCUCAUAUACCGGAUCCGACAGCCUCUCCGGGCCUUCCACCCUUUCGACCGUUCCACCUGUCGGGACGACUCCGGGGACGUACAUUGUGGCCCAGCCUGCUGCCCCGGUUGCCACGUUUGUCACGUCCUUUGUCCUCUACACCGGGACCGACGUCAUCACCGGGCCCAUUCCCAUCUCGACGGUGUUGCCAAGCGGGACGGCUGCCGGCACGCUCAUCCUGGCACAGCCUGGGGUCUUCGUCACGUCUACAAUCCCCUACACCGGGACCGAGCCUCUCACGACAUUGCUCCCCGUACUCGAGCUCAUCCUCAACUGCAUCCUCAUUACUGUCAUCAUCCGAUUCUUCGACGACGUCCUCGGAGCCGAGUUUGUCAAGCACAUCAGAAACCUCGACUUCACCGGACUCAGUCAGCUCAUCGAGACUAUCCACGUCCUCAGUUCCAUCGGUGUCUGCGACCACCUCGGGCUCAUCCGACUCUCUAAGCUCGUCCGACUCGACAACCUCUUCGGAUACAUCGUCUUCUUCCCCCUCUCCAGGCUUGUCGCCAUUCCCGACACCGUCAACCUCCUUCACGCCAUCGGUAUCGACGACGACCUCUUCAGACUCGUCAACCUUCCAACAGUCAUUGGAAUCGUCGCUGACGUCAGAUUUGAGUACUUCCACGGAGACUUCGUCUACGAUAGCAAGUUCAUCCUCCUUUGA